UAACAAUGACGCGAGUUGGUUGUAAGUUAGUGAGUGGUUAAUGUGAAAAUGAAGCGGAUCGCUGUUGUUUGGUAUUUUAUCAGCUAUUUUAAAGUUUCCAUCUGCCUUCGAGUGAUCGGAGUAUCAGUGCCACCAUUCAAGCAGAGAGGCGAAGCGGCCACAUUGACCUGCGACUAUGAGCUAGAAGGCGGCAAGCUCUACUCCGUCAAGUGGUACCGGGAUCAUGAGGAGUUCUACCGGUUCAUGCCGAAGUUACGCCCGCCACAACGAGCACAUAGCUUGGACGGAGUCACAGUCGAUCUGGAUAAGUCAAGCGCCCGCCGCGUUCACCUGAAGGACUUAAGCCUGAAAUCCCGGGGCCUGUACCGGUGCGAAGUGUCAAAGGAGGCGCCAUCGUUCCAUUCAGCCCAGGCCGAGGCUUUCAUGGAAGUUUAUUACAUCCCCCGCGAAGGCCCUCGUAUCAGCGGGCACGAGCGGGCGUACGCGCCGCACGAGCCACUCAACGUGAAUUGCUCCUCAAGCUCAUUCCCGGCCCCCGACCUACAGUGGCACGUAGACGGACAAAAGGUUACAGAGCCAUCCUGGUUGAUACCAUACGGUGCGCGACCAGCACCACAGGGUUUGCUAGUAGCUACCCUCGGCCUGCAAGCUCCAGCGAAGCCGCUGAUGCAGCUCCGAUGUGUCGCUACCCUCGGCACGCACCAGAGAGAAAGAACCGUUGUUAUAGAAACAAACUCUUCGAGCGUAAUGAAGGCGUUCGUUCUAUUUCCCCUGAUACCAGUAUUCGUCAACAUUAAAAUUUUCGAUAAGAUAUUGUGAUAAUAAAAUUGUUUUAAUAUGUAAGUGUUAAAAUAUGCCAAAAUGUAAAUAAAAUUCAUUUGUUUUAUCUAUUCUUUAAAAUUAUCCAACCUAAUGAAGAUUAC